AUGACAGACCCAACCACCUCAACACAACCCCAGGAUCCCUCCUUAAACUCCGAGGACCCAGCCCUUACUCCAGACCAACGCCAGAAAGAAGCCCUGGCAGCCUUCACAGCAACCCUCCACAGCGUAGGCACAAACCUCGAAGCACCGCUCCGCGAACGCGCAACAAUCAUAAACGGCAACGCCCUCUCGCUCGAGCGCCAAGAAGCCGAGUUAGCGGGCCACUCGGCUGCGCUGGCGAAGCAGAACGACGGGUGGGAGAAGAUUGCUGAUGACACUAGGGCGGGAUUAAAGGAGAUUGGGGACGUGCAAAAUUGGGCGGAGAUGAUUGAGAGGGAUUUGUUGGUUCUGGAGAGUAUGAUGGAUGAGGUUGAGGGCGAAAUGGAUUUGGAUGGGAGUGAAGAUGGGCAUGGGGAUAGGAAUGGCAAUGCUGGGGAAGUUGAGGUUGAGAUGAACGGGAACGGGAAUGCGAAUGGGAAUGGGGUUCCGAAUGGAAAUGAAGUCCAUGCGAAGAAAGAGAAAAGACGGAGUUGGUUUUCUUGGUGGUGA